GGGACAAAGAGUCUGUAGACAUGAAGUAUCUAGAUAUAAACAUCCACUGGAGAUAUUAAAAUAUAUUCCCAAUGCUAUAUAAAUACAGCUAUGAAACAGCAAUCACCACACUUCCUCUCUAUACUCCGGACAGGGUCAAUUAAAUCACACUGACAAGGCGAAGACAGAAAACCAUGAAGGUUCUUGUGGUUCUUGCAUUGGCUGUUUUUACAGGUUGCCAAGCUAAUUCAACUAAUGUAGAGAAGCCCAAUCCACAUCUUGAACACUUGAUAACUGCAUUCUGGAAAUACAUUGCCAAAGCAGUACAUCCCACUGAUGAAAAAUCCCAUGUGAUAAGGACAUCCCAGCUGGGACAGGAAGUCGAACUAACGCAGCCUCCUCCAUCUGAAGAUCAGAUGACCAAAAUCACCAAGGAGGCUGGCGUGUUGAGGGAGCGUUUGGAAAAGGACAUGAACAUGAUAAGAGAUAAACUGGAGCCCUAUGCUGACAACCUCAAGAGCCAGAUCCAGCAGAGAGUGGAGGAGCUCAGGACGGCCAUGGCUCCAUAUUCUGACUCCCUGGAUUCUGAGACCCUGAAGGCCACUCUGCUCCAGAAGAGCGAGGAGCUGAGAGGAAACCUGAAGCAGAGCGCGAAGGAGCUGCAGUCUCAGAUGGAGCCCUACACUGCUGAGAUCAAGGAUAAUGUGGGCCAAUAUCUGCAGGAUAUGCAAAAAUAUUUAGCUGCUUCACCUGAAGAUCUCUAGGCCCAUAUGUGGAGUUCUCUUUCCUAUUUCUGUUACAUUGUGAUGUUUUUAGUUUUUUUUUUCUUUUCUUGUUAUUGCAACAAUAAAACAUCUGCCAUCUGUUA